AUGGAGCCACGAUGCAUGGAAGUACUGGGCCAUGGAUUGGCAGACCUGGAUACGGAAGGCGCUCUACACUGUGUCGUCCCUUCCUGGUUCUUGAAAAUUGAAAAUGCACAACCUUUGGCCAUAUGUAUGUUUCGAUACGAUGCCUGCACGGAUUCCGAAACUCUCAAACCGCUCAACCACGCCGCCCUUGUGCUCCUCGUCAGCAAUGUACUUGAUCUUAUCGGCCGUUGGGCAACGAGACCGCCCCCUGACACCGGUGGCUUGCACGCGGACUGGCCCGACCUACGUCAUCACCACGCUCUCGAGGCACGCCGUGACGUCCGAACCGUCGUACAGAGGGCCCUGGAUCUCGUACAGGAGCUGGGAUGCCGCGGUGCCAGUUUGCUCGCACUGUACGGUGCAUGUCUCUGGCAAGGGUUAGCGUGGCCACCAACACGCAUCUACGCUAUCUCCAGCAGGGAGAGUUUGGCCGAUCCACUCGCCUGCACCACCCCCGGAUGUUCAACAUCCCCCGUUUUGCUAGCCCUGUGGAACACGCUUUUGCUCCGAUUUACGUGUUGCGAGCAUCCGACACCCCGGACCUAA